AUGGCAGGGAAACUAUUUGCGACACCUUGUCGGAGAAAAGACUAUGGCGGGGCGACUAUUUGCAACACCUUGUCGGGAGAAGAAAAGACUAUUGUGUGGGGGGCAACUAUUUGCGACACCUUGUCGGAGAAAAGACUAUGGGGGCAACUAUUUGCGACACCUUGUCGGAGAAAAGACUAUGGCGGGGCAACUAUUUGCAACACCUUGUCAGAGGAAAGACUAUUGCAGGGCAACUAUUUGCAACACCUUGUCGGAGGAAAGACUAUGGCGGGGCAACUAUUUGCAACACCUUGUCAGAGGAAAGACUAUGGCGGGGCAACUAAGUGCGACACCUUGUCGGAGGAAAGACUAUGGCGGGGCAACUAUUUGCGACACCUUGUCGGAGAAAAGACUAUGGCGGGGCAACUAUUUGCAACACCUUGUCAGAGGAAAGACUAUUGCAGGGCAACUAUUUGCAACACCUUGUCGGAGGAAAGACUAUGGCGGGGCAACUAUUUGCAACACCUUGUCAGAGGAAAGACUAUUGCAGGGCAACUAUUUGCAACACCUUGUCGGAGGAAAGACUACGAUGGGGUAACUAUUUGCGACACCUUGUCGGAGAAAAGACUAUGGCAGGGCAACUAUCUGCGACACCUUGUUGGAGGAAAGACUAUGGCAGGGCAACUAUUUGCAACACCUUGUCGGAGAAAAGACUAUUGCAGGGCAACUAUUUGCAACACCUUGUCGGAGAAAAGACUAUUGCAGGGCAACUAUCUGCGACACCUUGUCGGAGGAAAGAGGUGA